AUAUAAAUAUAAAUACUAGUAUUUAUAAUAUAUCUAUAUUUUAUUUAGUCGUAAGGCAGCGAAGAGAUGUAAGUAAAAUUUCGCGAAGCGCGGAUUGGUAACAUAACAAUGUACAACGAUCUAGGAAUUAUUUGUAUUAUAAAGAUGACAAUUAAGGGACAAAUCAUAAAAGUAUACAUGUUACUCUGUAGCCGUGUAUAUAUAUACAUAUAUUAUACAUCUAGAAUCCAACUAGUCAUGUAUGGCACUUUAUAACAAUUAAAGUGUAUCCCUGACAACAAAUGCAAAAUACAACGUGUGCUGUUCUUUGAGUAUUCUUGCUUGGAUAGGUACGAUUAAAGGGUACAUACAUACCGAUGCGAUCGACACGAGGUUGAACGAGAGAGAUCGGAAUUUUUGAAGCAAAUUAUUAAUUUUAACUUUGCCGCGGAGUCCACGUCGCUGGAUAUACCGUGCGAGUCCGAUUCCAUCGUGAUCGUAAGCUUCUGUGGUCGUAGACCUGAACACAUCAUUUAUAUAACUUACAUGUGUAUAUCACUAAAGAAACAACAUACAAAUUGUAAGUUCCAUUAUCCAUUAUUCAUGAAGCACAACGAUAAAAUCUAUUUGUAUUGGAAAAUCGUAUACUAUUUAUUUCAUUGAAGAUCCUCCUAUUGAAGAUCCUUCUCUGCGUCACACAUGGCUCUUUUAUUGCUGGAUUUGGAAUCAAUAAUUUUAUAUUAAAAUAGAUAUAUGCAAUAUAAAAAUUACAAGGUUUCUUUCAGCAAAGAAAAAUCACAGUUUUCUUAUAUUCCUUGGUCCUCUCAUAUUUUCUUUUUAAUUGUUCAUACUUGAUUUGCCUUCCCGCUUCUUUCUUUAGAGAGAAUAUCCGCUGAGAGGGCGUCAGAGGACGUUCAAGUUGUUCAAUUCGUACGACUGGAAAAAUCUCUAGUAAUAUUUAAUCCAUGUUUGUGGAUGAAUGAAUAUCAUCAUAUAUAUCAAUCAUGUGUUCGAUUACGUUUGUUUACUAUAAUAAAUCGGAGUAACUUUAAGAAUGUUAAAUGUGAAUCACAGAAAUAUAAGAAGUAUAAGAGAAAAUCAUAAAUGAGGCAAAAUGAAUUGGAGAUGAGGAUGUUGCUGCAUUGGAUGCGUAUGAAACGAAAAAACGAAAUAUAACAAAUGUUUAACGAAAACAAAAUAACUCGUACUCCAACGAAAAAAGAAAGAAGGAAAAUACAGAUUUUUAUGCAUUCUUUCCAAAGAAUAAAUUAUAUUCAUAUCGUUUAUAUAUAAAAAUAAAAUUUAAAAUAUGUUUACAUUAUUGUAUUUUCAUGUAUAAAAACAUUUAAAGUUAUCUGAUAUGAUUGACACUGACAUAGACAUGUUUUAUAUUGUACCGCCAAAUGAAGAGAUACCUUUUUAUAUUCUAGAAGAUUGCAUUUUGACCAGAUUAGAUUAUUUAAAACUUUUAAGUGAAGGAUCUGCUAAUGAAUUUGAUGGAAAAUUCGAAUACUUGUUAGAAAAUUCUAUAUAUGAUAAGGCUGGACAUUUUGUUUUACGAUUAUUAGCCUGUAUAUCAUCAGAUCUAUGUACAUAUUGGGUAGCUAAAGAAUCAUUAUUAUUUAAGCAAAGAUUAGAUCAUAUGUCACCUAGACAAUUACAUAAAUUAUUAAAACAAAUUACAUGGAAACUACAGAUAUUCAAAGAUAGGAAAAGUGCGAUUGAUACAACUCUAAUCGAGUUAUGCAAAUUCUAUUCGCAGCCCUUAAUUUUUAAACACUUGGUAUCAAAUUGUCACAAUUGUAAUAAUUUUCGAUAUGAAGUAAGGUUUGAGAUAAUACCAGAUUUAGUGAGAGAAAGAGAACUAGUCCUUAGUAAUGGAAAUGUUAUCACAUACUGCUCAGAUUGGAAGAAAAUAUUGCAAUCAUUAUUCAGCAAUUACGUAAUAAACGACAUGAAUAUCAUGAAGAAACAAGCGCAGCGCAUUAUAAAAUAUGAUCUCAGAUUUAAUAUUUUAAAUCAGAAAGUUCAGUCGUAUCUGUUCAAAGAAUGUACCGUCCAUGGAAAAAUAUCAAUCGAUAAUAUAGAGGAAGAGGCACAAAAAUUUCCCUUAUGUAUGCAGCAUCUGCACUCUUUAUUAAGAAGGAGACAUCGUCUCAGUCAUUAUGCUCGUCUGUACUAUAGUCUUUUUCUAAAAGAAAUAGGAAUGACCCUAGAGGAUUCAAUCACUUUUUGGAAGCAAGAAUAUUCCAAGCCACAUACUUGUACCUCAGUAUGUUCGCACAAUUGGCAAUCCAACGAAAAGAAAUUUCUGUACAGCAUCAGGCAUAUGUACGGUUUAGAAGGCUCGCGGCGAAAUUACAAGACACCUAGUUGUAAUCAAAUUUGUGCUGGUAUUAGUGGAGCAACGUACGAAGGUGGUUGUCCUUUCAAAGAUUUUGACAUGAAUACAUUCAAAAAUCUUUUAUGUGUUUCAUUAACUGAAGAUGAAAUCGAGAAAUUUAUAAAUAAUGUAUCUGUCAAAGAUCCAGAAGUUCGUUGCAUUGCAUUUCUGAAACUUGUAUGCAAAAACAAUAUUGAUGAUGUUGUCGUCAAAAGUCCAGUACAAUAUUAUCAAAAAAUGAGUAAUUAAUAUCAACUUUAGUUA